ACAGAUCAGCACGACAGACCAGCCACUUCUCUCUCGCCGCUAACGCGCGCACGUGUGGACGAGAAAGCAAGCCGAGCAAAGAGAAGCACCCAGCGCAGUAGCGGUAGCGCGCCACGAUGCUGCGCCCAGGCGUCGGCCUCGGCGCCAACAUCGUCCACUCGCCGUGCACGCCGCGCGGCGGCACGGCCGUGCUCACCCACGGCAGGCGCCGCCACCUCUGCCGCUUGCGCAGCAACGCAAAGAAGUCCCCCGAGGAGGAAGAGCGAGGCGGAGGCGACGCCAACGCUCUGUCUGGCGUGCUCCCCGGCAGGAGCGUGCUCCUGCGGGCCGGCGCGGUGAUCUUCGCCCUCGGCUUCGUCGACGCCGGGUACAGCGGGGACUGGUCUCGCAUCGGCGCCAUCUCCAAGGACACCGAGGACCUGCUCAAGCUCGGCGCCUACGCCGUCGUGCCUCUCUGCUUGGCCCUCGCACUUGCUGUGCCCGGCGACAGCGGCGGUGAAUCUUAGGACUCAUACGGUGUAGUACUACUUGAUUAUGCUCGGUAUUCGUCUACUACGUGUCAGUUCCUUAACUGAGGUACGGAGUAGUGCAUAUUUGAGCGGCACCCGACGCUGUUGGGAUCA